CUCCCACGCCGUCGAUCGCAUCCUUCAUAAGCAGCUAUCAGCCGCGACUUUCACGAUGGACGCCGGUGGGGACUGCGGUUGUGACAAGCGACGAGGAGCACCAUCUGAUCGUGUAGGUCGAGUACUAUCGGGAUAAACGGGUUGCUUUGUUCAAGAAUAGCCUCCAUGAGGAGUUUGAGAUGACGUUUUACCAUUACAUUAAUAAAGUUGACAUGUUUAUGUUUCCAAUCCUACGCCAGGGGCACUACAUUUUGUUGUACAUUGAUUUUCGUAAUUUUCGGUAUGAGAUAAUUGAUAAUUCGACUCUUCAGUCUAACAAGCAGCUAAAGUAUGGUGGUUGUCUCAAUGAAUUGUUGGUCAUGCUUGUGGAAUUCUUUGCAUGCAUUGAUCCAGCAAGGUCUACGAUGUGUGCGUGUUUGGAAUCAAAACGCAUGCAAAUGAGCUGGCGGGAUGGCAAGAACAAGGUUGACUAUGGCGUGUAUGUUAUGCAUCACAUGGAGAGUUAUGUAGGGCAGGGAGUGGCUAGAUGGAGAUGUGGGCUGACUAAAGGUAACGUUGCGCAGCUAAAGAAGUUGAUGUUACGCUACAUGAAGGAACUUGCAACUUCAGAAUUCAAUCUACAUAAGUGUAGGAAUAUCUCCCGGGCGUAUCAGUUUGUGUCGUCUAUUCCACGGGCUCCGUAGUGGUCUUUCGUUUGCUUCUUUAAUUCGUUUUUUGUUCAGACUUUUUGUGUUCAGAAUUUAGCUUCCUCUUUUGCUUUUUAUACUG